CCAAAACGCGCCGUCUAAAGCCAUGAAGGGGAAAUGCGCGCAGGGCCCACCCGGAGAAUUCAAAUUUAGGUCGACACCGCCAUUGAAAUGAGAUUCUCCAAAACUCUCCUUCUUCCACCUCCACUGCUUCGACACCUGAGGCUUUCUCUCUCUCUCUCUCUCUCUCUCUCUCUCGUCGCGAGCAUGGCGGAGACCAGCGCCGCCCAGCCGCACCACGACGAUCUCUUCUCCUCCGUGAUCUCCGACAUCAGAACCUACGCCGGCGACGAUCCGCUCCUCCCCUGGCUCCGUGGGAUCAGGAGGAUGAAGGAGCGUCUUCCCCCUCACGUCCUGGAAGAGAAGCUCCCCAGGUUUCUCCAAAAGUGCGCCGAGAAGUUCCAGUCGGACCGCCGCUACAGGAACGACUUGCGUUACCUUCGCGUUUGGUUGCAGUUGAUGGAUUAUGUCGAUGAUCCGAAGGUGCUUUUGAGAGCAAUGGAGAUGAAUCGAAUUGGGACGAAGCGGUCUCUCUUCUACCAGGCAUAUGCUCUUUACUUUGAGAAGACGAAGAAAUUCGAGGAAGCUGACAAGAUUUAUCACUUAGGAGUGCAAAACCUUGCCGAGCCGGUGGAUGAGCUGCAGAAAUCGUACGAGCAAUUUCUCCAUCGGUUGGAGAGACACAAGAUUAAGAGGAUCCAGCAUCAAGAAAGGAGGGCCACCAAAGAAAACAUUUUCCAUUCUUAUGGAAGGCUUGAUGGGACAUGCCACGACAAUGGCACUAAGAAAUCAGUUUCUCAGGAGAAAAAUGUCGAUGCUGAUGAAAUUCGGGAGGGAAAGUCUCAAAAUGGUAAGCAACUAGCAGAAUCAAGAACAGAUGGGAUCGCUGGAAAGGAAUGGAGUGGAAGGAUGGAACUGAGAAAAACAUCAAAGCAGCAACUGACUGAGGAAAUGAAAGUGGAUGAACCUGCCAUAUCUUGCCAUGAUACUGUAAUGGUAAAGUUGGUAGACACUGCCCUAGUUGGAAAGCCUGAGGCAGAAGAUGCAUGCCAUCAUGGACUGGUGGAACCAACAAUAAACAUGAAGGAGGCAAUGAAUGCCAUCAACAGCAUGUUCAGAGAGCCAAUUGAUUUAAUGCCAGUUGGCAGAGGAUCGCUUAGGAGGCAUGAAAGGGAAAAGCAGAGUUCCAGCAGCAAUUUCAAGGUUUUUGUUGACGAAAACCUAGAGAAGCAAUUUGAAGCAUCUCAAGAUCAGAAGUGGGAGAAGACUUGCUCACUUCAGCACACAAGAUCCACACUUGCUCAGCCUCAGGAGGAAGGAUUGCAAAUAUACAUUGACGAGGAAGGAAAUGAUGAUGGAAAGGAGAAUAGAGACUCGGAGCUGGAUCAAGCACAAAAUGUCUCUGAUUCACAUGUGAAUGCUUUCGUGUUUCCUCGACCAAAGGAUCUUGCUUCUGAAAACUCUGAUGAGCUGGGUAUAGCAACCUCAUCCAGAGGAAAAUUCAGAGAGGAUACAGUCGUUUGCAAGUUUGUUGGUUCAACCAUAUUAGAUGAGCCAGUGGUGGAGAAUGCUUGCCAUCAUGGCCUUGUAGACCCCACGAUCAACUUGAAAGAGGCCAUGGAGGACAUAAAUAACAUGUUUGGAAAGCCAAUAGAAUUUGUAAGAUCUAGAAGAUCAAAGAAGCGGGAAAAAUUACCGGAGAAGGAGGAAAAUUAUAGUGGAUUUCUGAUACUUCCUGAUGAUGAAUUGGAACAUCAACCAGUUGUGGAUCCACGGAUAUCAGCAGCAAAAGCUCUUGACAGGGAAAGAGGUAUAGGGUUUUCAAUUCUUUCCGAUGACGUAAAACAUCCUAAACACAAGGUGGCACCAAAACCAUCAAGCAAAUCAAGAGAAAGUGACUUGUUUGAGCCAACCGUCUUUACUAAGGAGGCCAUGGAUGAUAUCAACAAGUUGUUUGGAAUGCCGUUGGAUUUCUAAGAAACUCUUGUGCUGAUUCAGACGAUACGUGCCUCCACCUUAGAUAGGUUGAGUUCUGCCGUGUUCAAGCUUUUAAAUAUGUUGGAUGACGGGUGUAUUGCAUUGUCAGAUUGUUGAAUGUAGUUUAUAUUAGUAGCGCCUUUUUUUAUUUUCUA